AAUAACUAUUAGCAUGAGAAAUCACGACCCCACAUUUCCAAAAAUCCCCAGCAAUCCCCCAAGCCAACCAUCGGCUCCUCUCCCCUCCACCACCACUACCAAGACGCUCUGAUCCUCGGAAACAUGGACGCGUGCCCGAUCUACCGGCUCCCGCAGGAUACUCUCCAUCAGAUCUUCUCAAGCCUCCCGCUCCGCCAGAUCAUGAUCUGCCGCUCUGUCUGCAAGUACUUCCACCAGAUUCUGACCUCACCGUACUUCACAGACCUCAUUGCCGCCCGACCACCAUCCACCCUCCUCGCUCUCCGCCCACCUCACCACCACCACCACCACCACCAUCAUCGCCACGCUUCCUCUCCUCCCUCCCUCCACGUGUUCGAUCCGGACCAGGAUCGAUGGCUCAGAUUGACCCUCGACUUCCUCCCCUUCCGGUCCCCACACCCCGUCGCAUCCUCGUUCGGGCUCGUAUACCUCUGGGCCGACUCGCCCCACUCGCCCGAGUCGAGCAAAUCCCUCGUGGUCUGCAACCCCUUGACUCGGCAAUUCAAAGUCCUCCCCCAGCUGGGAUCCGCCUGGUCGCGCCACGGCUCGGUCCUUGUUGACUCGGCCAACCGAGUCAUGGUGCUGACGGAGCUCGCGGCCCUGUACUUCUCCGGCUCGAACCAGUGGCUCAAGUUCUCAUCCAACCUGCCCUCGAAGCCGCGAAGCCCAAUCCUGGUGUCGGACUCGGUGUACUCGCUAUGUGACAUGGGUUCGCCUUGGCGGAGCCAGUGGAAGCUGUUCUCUUGCUCGAUCAGGAGGCUGAGGAGCUCCCAGACGUGGACUCGCCUGGAGCGGCACGAGUGGGGGGACGUGUUUGACAUACUGAAACGGCCGCGUUUGGUGCGAGGGAACGGGAACCGACUGCUGAUGAUCGGAGGGUUAAAGUCGUCGUUUUCGUUGAACGCGUCGUCCUCGACGAUCCUGAUCCUGAGGCUGGACCUGGACACGUUGGAGUGGGACGAGGCGGGUCGGAUGCCCCCGGACAUGUUCAAGUGCUUCCAGGAGUCGAGCAAGUUCAAGGUGUUCGGUGGUGCCGAUAGGGUAUGCUUCUCGGCCAAGAGGGUUGCGAAGCUGGCCGUCUGGGACCGCUGCGAGGCCAAAGGGGAGUGGCGCUGGGUCGACGGGGUGCCUGGGAGCGGCGUCGGCGACGGCCUCUGCCGGGGGUUCGUGUUCGAGGCCAGGCUCACGGCGUUGCCCUGAUGGCAAUGCCAGUUAGAGGUUGGUGUUUGUGAUAGCAUUCAAUUAUGUUGUACCAUAUUGUUGUAUUUGGAUACUCAAAAUGCUUUAAUCCUUUCUACUGGCAAUUGAGAGUUGUGUAGUGUAUCUUUAUCA